AAACUCAUUUGCAUCUUCGACCCAUAUUCCCAAGACGACCCUUUGUUACAACUUUUCAACUCUACAAACAACAUUUACUUAAGAAUAGACGCAGAUCCCCUUGAAUUUCCAUACUUCAAUACUUCAUUGCCAUCUCUUUCUAUCUCCCUCUCAGACAAAUACACCACUCGCUCCAUUUCCUUAUUAUUCUCUAUUGAAACCCUUUAAUUACCUACCUUUCAGCCAAAUAAUCGUCGAUCUCAUUGCAUCAUCACAAUGGGUCUCUUUUCACGAAAAGACAAGAACUCCUCUCCUGCUCCGGCGGCGAAUCCUUAUGCCACUCCACAACCUCAAGCCGAUCCUUACGCGCAAGAUAACAAAUAUGCCAACAUGCCCGCCCAGUCUACUCAAUCUCCAUAUCAAUCAGCCAGACAGCAGCAGUAUACCGCUCCAGGAACCGGGAAUCCCCCUGACGGCCCUCGAGGUGGAAUGGGCGGCUCCAAUCCUCGAGCUCCAGCUCCAAACGGUGGUGGUUACGGAUCAGAUAAAUAUGGCAGCGGUGGUGGAUAUGGCGCAAACCGAUACGAUGGCCCCUCCGCCAAUUCGGGAUCAAAAUAUGGUCCCGCUGGUUAUGGUGGCUUGGGACGAACAAAGAGCAAUGAUACAACUACGACGGAGGACAACAAGAAUGAGCUAUUCGGUGGCGCCAAGGAUAGAUACGCACAAAAGGCAGCUGCCAGCUCUGAUCGACCUCCGCCAUAUGGUGCCCAGUCAGAUUCCGGCCCAUCAACUGGAGGCGGAUAUGGGGCUUAUGGAGAAGAAAGACAGCUUACCGCCGAAGAAGAGGAAGAGGAAGAUGUACAGGCAACCAAGGCUCAAAUCAGGGCCAUGAAGCAAGAAGAUGUUUCAUCUACCCGAAACGCACUGAGAAUCGCGGCCCAAGCUGAGGAGACCGGCCGUGCUACUUUGGCUCGUCUAGGUGCACAAGGUGAACGUAUCCAUAAUACUGAAAAGAACUUGGAUCUCGCUGCCAACCAUAACCGACUCGCUGAGGAGAAGGCUAAAGAAUUGAAAACUCUCAACAAGAGUAUGUUCGCCGUCCAUGUAUCUAACCCGUUCACGGCAAAGUCAAGAAAAGCUCAACGAGAUGAGGAUGUUAUCAACAAACAUAGAUCAGAACGCGACCAGCGUGAGGAGACUAGAAAUGCAGCUUUUGCAUCUUCACAAAGAAUGGAGGCAAACUUCAGGGAACUUCAGCCAGGAGAUGUUGGAUAUCGAGCAACAGCCACCAAGGCCAGUCUUGCAGAGAGGUCCAAAUAUCAAUUCGAAGCCGACUCUGAGGAUGACGAAAUGGAGAAUGAAAUUGACUCCAACUUGGAUGCUCUUGGCCAUGCUGCUGGAAGAUUGAACCUACUGGCUAAGGCCACUGGUCGCGAAGUUGAUGACCAGAACAAACACAUCGAGAGAAUCAUUGGCAAGGUACGUCAUCAUAUACUCAUGUUUGCCCCAUAUAAUUGCUAACUAUGUCUCAGAGCGACCGUGUCGACGAUCAAAUCGCUAUGAACAGAGCCAGAUUGGACCGCAUUCACUAAAAUUCAUCUUCGUUCACAUGUGCUCACUAAUAUCACCAUGUUUCAUUUUCAUCAUAAACUUCCCUCAACAAGUUAGACUGCCAGCGGCGUGUAGUACACCGUGAUAAUCCAUUCGAAAAUACAUUGGAAUAGCCGAUCAAGACUGAGUCAUGGGAAAACACCGUAAAAAUGCUCUAUCAUGGUUGCUAGCGGGAUUUUCGGGGCGGCAGCGUACCACAUUACAAUCUAGGAGUUUUGGUUGCAUGCAUGGGUUUCACAAGGUUUUUGAGGGUGGGAUACCUAGUUCACUUUGUUGUUUUUAUGUAUAGAUACAGCGUUUGCCAAUUGAAAUCUUCAUAUGAUAUCCUCUUCGAAAUGCU